UUGAAAAGCGUCGUUAAAUAAACCGAGAAUCGUAAAUUUAACGUAUUUCUGCAAUCUUGCAUUUGGCGAAGCGCUGUGAUACAGUCGGGGUGGCUGGUGAUACGCCGUUUUGGUUUCGAAUGCUUGAAAUUUUUAGGUACUUGGGGAAUAUAUCCGCGAAUCGAUGCUGGUAACCGGUCCAGGUAUUAGGAACCGGGAUUAGAGUUACAUUUUGUAGGUUAGGAUGAUUUGUCGUUGGCGCAGUUCUUCCACCCAUUUGAAAAUUGUGUAUUUGUUCAGUUUAGAUAUUUCAGUUUCACCUUAUCCGAUACAGUGCCGAAGAUGUCUGAGAAAGCUUGUUCGUUGUUAUGAUUAGAUUCGAGGGAUUCGAGAGAGCUUAGUAGAUACGAGAAAGUGGAGAAGGUAGAGAAAGUCGUAACGGUCGUAACAUUAUAUCGUAAUGUGGGUAUUUGCAUGUUCUUAUUUGAGGUUGUGUGUUGAAUGUCUAAUAUGCAGUAACUUGAGAAAGGAAUAUGCCAUCGUUACUGCAUGAUAUUGAUGUUCCAACUAAGAAAGCCACUUUUUCCAUGGCAUGUUUUUGGGCACCAGAUUCUUUAUUUGGGGCCCAGAAAGGCGUCAUUCGAACUCGUGUUGGAUUUGCAGGUGGUACAACAAAAAAUCCCAGUUAUCACAGUAUAGGGGAUCACACUGAAUCUAUUGAAAUUGACUAUGACCCGAAUGAGAUAUCAUACAGUGAACUGCUGGAUAUGUUUUGGAACCAUCAUGACCCAACUGCAAGGACAUCGAAGCAGUACACUUCGUUAAUUAUGCAUCAUGACCAAGAUCAAAAGGAGUUAGCUGAGAAGACGUUGAAAGAAGAAGAAGAAAAGAAAUCUGGGUAUAUUGUCACAAAAAUCUUACCUGCUAAAGAAUUCUAUGAUGCCGAAGAUUACCAUCAGAAAUAUCGCUUACAGCAGCAUCCAUUACUUAUGGAGGCAACGGGUCUGGUUCCUGGACCUCAGCUGAAGAGUUCUCAUUUGGCUGCAAGACUUAACGGUUAUGUUGUUGGGAGUGGUGGUGUGGCCCAGUUUGAUUCAGAAGUGUCACGUUUGGGUCUGGAUGAGAAAACAGCAAAUUAUGUUCGUAAACUGGUGGUCAAAUAUGAAGGUCAAGGAUUAUUUUGUUAAUUUAUACUAAUAGCAAGAUUAAUUGGGUGAAAAUGCCAUCUUAGAAAGGAAUGUAACAAAACAGUAAUUUUCGCCCAUUUAUAUAAACGUUUAUUUGGGGAAGUAAGGAUGGUUUUAAAUUGCAGUAAUAACCAGUAACUGCUAAUAAAAUAUUUUACCAGAA